CUAGAGGCGGCCGCGAGUAUGCCCUACUUAGAAAAAACUCGCUUAAUUAGAACAGAUCCGAUAACUUGUGCCAGAUACUUUGAUUAUCGGUUCAAACUGCUAUUCAAGCAUAUGAAAAGUCAAAAUGGACCCUUUAAACAAAAUCCCAUCGAGCAUCAUUAUUACCGCAUAGAGUUUCAACAUCGUGGGUCUCCUCAUGUUCACGGGUUAUUGUGGUUAUCCAAUGCUCCAAAAUUCCAAGAAACACCAGAAAGUUUCAAAGAGUGUGCCGAAUUCGCGAACAGGUAUAUUACUUGUAAUAGUGAUUUAGAAAGUGUCCGUGAUAUAAUUCAGUUUAAUACGCAUCAUCAUUCUAAAUCGUGUCAAAAAGAAGUGCGGGGACACAAAGUUUGCAGGUAUGGUAUCCCAUACCUUCCAAUGGAUAAAUCGGUAAUUCUAACGCCAAUAAAAAUUGACAAAACUAAGGAAGCGGAUUUACGUAAGGCCAUGUCUGAAAAGUUUUUGAUGAUAAUGCGUAGGCUUAAAUAUAAACCAGAUUUGUCAUUCGAAAACUUUUUGGCUGACCUUGGUAUGUCUAAGGAUGAGUAUCUUAAUGUUAUACAGCACAACAUAUUUAAAACCACUUUAUUUUUAGAAAGGCUGCCCAAAGAUGGAUUUAUUAACAACUUUAAUACAGAAAUGUUUUCCAUGAUGAAGAGCAACAUGGACAUUCAGUUGGUUUUUGAGCCAUAUGGUUGUUGCACCUACAUAGUUAAUUAUAUCAAUAAGUCUCAAAGAGGUGUAUCUGAUAUUUUAAUGAAGACUAUGGAAGAAAUUAAAAAAGGUAAUUUAGAUGUUAAAGGCAAACUUAAAUCUCUUGCAGCAGCUUUCUUAAAUGCGAGCGAAGUAAGUGCCCAAGAAGCCGCCUACAGCGUGUUACAACUACCGAUGCAUGACACCUGUACCUCCUAUGUAUACAUCCAUACAAAUCCAAUCAAGGAAAGGACAAAAAUGUUGAAACCAUUAACAGAACUUAAAGCCAUGGACAAUGAUGUUCCCAAUAUUUAUUGUGAUGGACUUAUAGAACAUUAUGAGCAAAGGCCCAAUGAGAUGGAAAACAUAUGUUUGGCAGAAUUUGCAGCUUACUAUGACUUCUUUAAGAAACGAGCAGAAACAAAGACUAAUGGUUUACCUUUAAAAGAUGGAAGUGGUGUUUUAAUUAAAAGGGGUCAUGCUAAAAUUUUAGCUUACCGUAGUUAUGGACUUCAACAAGACCCUCUUAACUAUUACAGAGAACAAAUAAUGUUAUACAUCCCAUGGAGAAAUGAAGUGGAUGAAGUUGAAAAUGAGAACAUUGAUCAACAGACCAUAUAUAAAGAUCGAUACCAAGAAAUUGUUACAAAUCGACAAAAGUUCAAUGUCUUAGAUGAACAGGUAAUCGAUGAAGCACUGAAACUUGCCGAAGACCGAUCCAAUCAAUUAGACGAUGGUGGAUUCGGUGGAGAAAUCGAUGAUGAGUUUAUGUCUUAUGGCCUAGACAACCCCAUUUAUGAUCCAUUCAAUCACAUCAUCGAUAAGAAAGACGACGAAGCGCCAGUAAAACAUAUCGCUUUCCCAACGCCUCAUCAGAUAAGCGAUUCAGAGUAUGAAGACCUCAUAAGCAAACUGAACCAUAAGCAAUAUCAGUUCCUUAAUGUUGUCCAAGAUAGUAUAAUUGAAGGGGAAGUUUUCUACUGCACACUUAGUGGUCCAGCCGGUACCGGAAAAAGUCACUUAAUUACAGUAAUAACUCAGUCGUUAUUACGCCAUUUCAAUUCAAUACCAGGUAAUAAUCCCGAAAGUUUAAAAGUGUUACUUUGUGCGCCUACAGGUAAAGCGGCAUUUAAUAUUGGAGGUAUAACCUUACAUUCGGCAUUAUCGUUGCCCGUCAGUCAGUAUGGUGAACAACUAAUUCCGUUACACCAUGACACUUUAAAUACUAUUUAUUGUAACUUAUGUGACCUAAAAUUAAUUAUUAUAGAUGAAUAUUCCAUGGUUGGCGCCAGAUUGUUUGACCAGAUUAAUAGUAGAUUGCAGCAAAUCUUUAAAUCUGACGCCAUCUUUGGAAAUAUUUCAAUAAUUUUAUGCGGCGAUAAUCGUCAAUUGCCCCCAGUAAGGGAUAUGUAUAUUUUUUGCCCAGUAAAAACAAAUCCGUAUAAAGAAUUAUGUGGAACUUAUUUGUGGGAUCAUUUUAGGUAUUUUGAGCUUACAGAAAUAAUGAGGCAAAAAGAAGACAAGUCUUUUGCAGUUGCCCUAAACAAUAUGGCGUUUGGUAAAAUGACCGAUGAAGAUGUGCAAUUGAUCAAGUCCAGGGAAGUUGACAAUAUUGAUCUAAUUCCUGAAGACACUAUGCAUUUAUUUGCCACCAAUAGAGAAGUAGAUGCAUUCAAUGAAAUGAAACUUUCUACAUUUCAGACCGAGCAAGCAAUAAGUCAAGCCAGAGACGUAAUCAAAGGAAGUUGCUCAGAACGAUUAAAACAUUUAUUUUUAGAACAUGCUAAAAGUUUAAAAAAAUCAGAGAGUUUUGGCCUAAUGUUAAAUUUAAUAUUGCAGGUAGAUGCUAAAUACAUGAUUUCAAUGAAUAUAGAUACCAGUGAUGGGAUAGUCAAUGGUGCUACAGGUAUCCUGCGUCAAAUAGACUAUGACCAAAAUAAAGUUCCAUACAGAGUGUGGAUGGAGUUCUUUGAUUCCAAGUCAGGCAAGGAAUGCCGAAAGAGAAACGAGUCCCUUAGGAAGUCUAUGUAUUUAUCACCCACUUGGACACCCAUAGAAAGAGCUGCAAGAGCUGUUAAAAUUCAAAAAGGCAGCAAUGUUCACGUUGAGCGUCUUCAGUUUCCUCUUUUAAUCAGUGAAGGAAUUACAAUCCACAAAAGUCAAGGUGCCACCUAUGAACAAGUAGCUGUUCACAUUGGUAAUGGAAUGACGAGAACCAGUACCUAUGUGGCAUGCAGUCGGGCUACAAAGCUAAGUGGCCUCUACAUAAUUGAUUCUAUUUUAAUCGUGAUCAAUCAGCAGCCUUUAAUUUGAAGAAAACGCAUUCAACGGACUUGACAAUGACAAG